AGAAGAUGGUACCUGGAAAACCUCCAUAAGGAAGCCAACUCAAGCUGGUGAGCUCACCUAAGAAAAUUAGACACAGAGGAAAAAUCACCAAUGGCUUCUGAAAGACAGGCAAAAAAUAAGCGUCAUAAUCCAGUGGAAAGCAUGUGUAGGAAGAUCAAGAUGAUACAGAAGAGGGACCAGUCUUCACAUCCUACAGUUCAGAUGGUCAGAUUUCAUUCUAGGAAUUUUGAUAGUAUUUACACUAAGACACCAGAAAUUUUUGAAGAAACACUGAAUAAGAUGACUAUCAAACAUUCUUGUGAAUCAGAAGCUCACUUCUCAAGUCUUGAGAAAGUUGAUAUUUCUUAUCUUCAACCUUUGUCUUCUGCCACUCAACGUACCUCUCAUCACAACUCUCCUGAAAAAGCAGCAUACUCUUUCAUUCUCCAAAGCCCUGAAGAAAUCUUCAAGCCAAGAAUAACAGCAAUGAAUCAGAAAUCUUUUGUGUCCCUGAUGGGAAAGAGUGAACUAACUUCUAGCAGUGAAUUUAAAGAUUUUCUUUGUGGAAAUGAUAUUAUUACUUCAACCCCUGAUUUUCAUUCUGUUUCUGAUCAAAGUCUUGACCUUUCUUUGGUGGCAAGAAGGUUAUCACUGAGUGAAAAAGGAUCGGAAUGGAAAAUAGGAAGAGAUGUUAAUGAAGAAAAUAUGAUUGAAAAUGUUAGCCAGAUCUAUGAAGAAGAGCUACUAACAAAUAUUUUUUAUGAUUGUGAUAAAAAACACAACGAAGGCAAAGUAGCCAUUUCUAAAAUAAUGGAUUAUUUGAGACUUAUAACUAACUGGGACUCUAAAGACAAUGACCUUGAAGAGCUUUGGACCAAAUUUGACCCCGAAAAGAGAGAUUUUUCUGUGGAUUUGGAGACUUACUAUGCCGUUAUGAAAGAAUGGAUAGCAGAUCGUAGCAACAGAUGGGGAAAGGGGAAGAAUGAAAUGAGCUCUGCAAAAGAUUCUGUCUGUAAAAUAUGGCAUAGCCAGAAGUCAGUGUCCUACAGUCUACUGCGAGAACACAUUUUUUUAAAAGAAGAAUUGGAGGAACUGAAAAUUAACUUGAAUGUCUCAGAAGAGGAGAAAACUAAGAUACUAACUCAAUAUAAACAGUCAGAAAGAGAAAAUCAGGCCUUGAUUCUUAAAAUCCAGUAUCUUCAGAAGGAGAAUACAAGGAAUGUCAUGGAUAUAGAUAGAUUGAAAAGGAAGAUUAAAGAAUUGACUAAACGUGAGAUUGAACACCAAAUGAAACUGUACAUGUGUGAGAAUGCUUUUCUUAAUAAAGAUGCAAGUCUGCAUAAGAAAGAUUUACGCAUAGAAAACCUUAAGUCAAUCCUUGUGGAAUACAGCACAGCCAAUGAGAAUCUACGAAAGGAGAAAAAUCAGCUCGUGCAUGAGCUGCAAAAAUCAAAAGAGAAGCUCCUUUUGUGCAGUCCUGAAGGCGAGAAAUCACUGUACUCUGAACUUAUAUUUGCUCAGCCUACAGAGGCCAGUGGAUCAGAAUGGUUAUACAGUUCAAUCAACUCAUCAUCUCUGGAUGAUACAAUGGACAAAGAAAAGAUGCUGUUGCUGAGAGAACCUGAUCAGAUGGAAACAGAAUUUACUCUUACCCUUCAAAAACUGCAUGAAGAAAUCUCCGAAGUUGAAAUGCUUAUUGCUGUUUCUCUUCAGUGGGUAACUGACCCAGAAAUAAAUGUGAAAGAAAGAUGGGAAAACAGGCUUAUGAAUCUCAAACAUGACCUAGAAACAAAGCUAAAUCUCUGCAUUCUAAAACUGAGCCUCUUGGGAAACUACAAAGAAUCUCUUGAUAAAGAGUUCAUUAAAGUGGUAGGGAAUUUGAAGAGAUUCAAGCACAAAUAUCACUGUGUCAAGAAAGAAUUACAUUUCAGAGAGAAACAGUUAGAAGCUAUUAAAAGGUCACAAGAAGAUGCAUUAAACAAGGGAGACACACUUAGGAAACAGCUCCAAGAAGCUAUCAAACGACUGGAGAAUGCUGAGCAGCAGGUAAAGGGGGAUCUGACUAAUUAACCCACAGGCUCUCACUGGUAUGAUGAGGCAAAAAUGGAGGAAGAGAAAAAAAAAAGAAACCCAAAGGGGAACUGCUCAGC